ACCUUCCACGAACUAAUUUUAGACGUUUAUCAUUUGAUCACUGCAGUUUGUCUCUGCAGCCAUUUGAAUACCCAGUUUGCACACCAGAUGGGACAGUCUUUGACAUACUGAGCAUUGUUCCUUGGAUAAAGAAAUAUGGAACCAAUCCAAUCACAGGAGAAAAGCUAGAUGCCAAAUCACUUAUAAAGCUGAAUUUUGCUAAAAACAGUGAAGGUAAAUACCACUGUCCAGUGCUGUUUACUGUAUUCACCAAUAACUCCCAUAUUGUGGCCAUCAAGACAACUGGAAAUGUGUUUGCCUAUGAGGCAGUUGAGCAGCUGAACAUAAAACCAAAGAGCUACAAGGAUCUUUUGACAGAUGAGCCCUUCACUCGGCAAGACAUUGUGACGUUGCAGGAUCCAACAAACCUAGAUAAGUUCAAUGUCUCGAACUUCUUUCACGUUAAGAACAACAUAAAAGUGAUUGAUCCAGAUGAAGAAAAAGCAAAAUUAGAUCCAUCUUACUAUUUGAAAAAUACAAAUACAGAGACACGAGAGACUUUACUGGAGCUUUAUAAGGAAUUCAAAGGCGAUGAUAUUCUGGCAGCUACUAUGAAGGCUCCUGAAAAGAAGAAAGUGGAUAAGCUGAAUGCAGCUCACUAUUCCACUGGAGCAGUAAGUGCUUCCUUCACCUCCACUGCAAUGGUGCCUGAAACUACCCAUGAAGCAGCUGCUAUUGAAGAAGACGUUGUGAGAUACAAAUAUGUGAAGAAGAAGGGCUAUGUGCGACUUCACACUAAUAAGGGAGAUCUAAACUUGGAGCUGCACUGUGAUAUGACACCACGAACAUGUGAAAACUUUAUCAAAUUGUGCAAGAAGAACUAUUAUGAUGGCACAAUUUUUCACAGAUCAAUUCGUAAUUUUGUGAUCCAAGGAGGUGAUCCAACUGGAACAGGAACAGGAGGAGAAUCUUACUGGGGAAAACCUUUCAAAGAUGAAUUUAAGCCUAAUUUGUCCCACACGGGACGUGGUGUUCUUAGUAUGGCCAAUUCGGGACCCAACACAAACAAAUCACAGUUCUUCAUCACAUUCCGCUCUUGUGCAUAUCUGGACAAGAAGCAUACAGUUUUUGGAAGGGUGGUUGGUGGCUUUGACACUCUGACUGCUAUGGAGAAUGUGGAAAGUGACCCAAAAACAGACCGUCCCAAGGAGGAAAUACGAAUUCAGACAACAACUGUUUUUGUUGAUCCGUAUGAAGAGGCAGAUGCCCAGGUUGCUGCAGAAAGAGAGAAGGUCCAGCUAGAAGAAGAAGCAGCCAAAGCAAAAGCUGAAGUGGUCCCACCAAAGAAAGAGGUCCAGACUCCUAAAACUUACCGGCAGGGGAUUGGAAAAUACAUUAACAUGGCCGCAGCGAAGCGCAGCAUGGAAGAUGACGGGCCCUCAACCAGCACAGCUGCGAAGAGAGAGAAAAAGAGCGCAGGCUUUGGGGACUUCAGCUCCUGGUAGCAGCGCGGGGAGCCUAGCACUGGAGCAGCACAGCGAAAAAAGAAAAGGCAGCCUCCCACGUGUCCCCGAAGAGCCCAAAAGACAGCCUGUCCUGGGGAGGGAAGGCACCAGCCUGCCAUUCCACUGGGGAAGAAAACUGUUGCUUUGUUAAGGCUGGUUAAUGUGGCUUUGUUUUCUAGAGAGCUGUGUUCCCCUCACUGCAUCUUCCUCGAAGGCCUUUUUGUUGUUGUUUUGCUAAGCGGGGAGCAGGCAGCCCAGCUCCGCUGGGGAUUAGCUGGAGCAUUUCUCUGCUUGGCUGGCAGCAGCCCAGGCAGAGCCCAGCCUUGCAGGACGCUGCUGCAGUGAACAGCUCUGUCGGUGAAAGAGCUCCUUUCACAGGUAAUCGUUUCCAGACGAGCCCAGUCUGCCAAAUGAAGGAACAAAUUAACGUGCUGGGGAAGGGCUUGUGCUGCUGUAACGCUUUGCGGAGGGGAGGAGAGGGCUCCUGCCCUUCCCUUCCAGCUGCCUUUUGCUCCACCAGGACCAAUGUUGUCUCUUGCUCU